GCGUGGUUGGUUGUAAGGUGACGUGUUGUUGGUGAGAUGAGUGAUUCGGAAGAUGACAAUAUCCCCCGGCUUUCUCUCCACAUCUUAGCAGCUCUCCAGGAAUUUUAUGCUGAGCAGAAGCAAUGCACUGACCCAUGUGAGGAGGAGAAAUAUAAUAUUGGAAUAAUAGAUGAGAACUGGCAGUUGAGCCAGUUCUGGUACAGCCAUGAAACAGCCUUGCGACUUGUGCAGGAAACCAUUGCUGCUACUGGGGAAGGUGGCAGAAUAGCUUGUGUGAGUGUGCCCAGCGUGUACCAGAAACUCAGAGCACUGCACAGACAAGACUUCUCUGUGUACAUCUUUGAAUAUUACAGAUUUGCCAUGUAUGGAGAGGAACUUAUCCUCUAUGAUUACAAUCAUCCAUUGGAUUUGCCAGAGAAAAUUGCUGCACACAGUUUUUAUAUCGUUGUGGCAGAUCCUCCCUAUCUUUCUGAAGAAUGCCUCAAGAAGACCUCAGAAACCAUCCAGUACCUGACACAGGGCAAAGUCCUCCUGUGCACAGGUGCUACCAUGGAAGAUCAGGCCGCACAGCUCCUGGGAGGGAAGAUGUGCAAUUUUAUUCCAAAACACACCCGAAACUUGGCCAAUGAGUUUCGCUGUUAUGUGAAUUAUGAUUCUGGUCUGAACUCUGAGAGCUAAAUAUAGAUGGCAUCAGGUUAGCUUAU